AGCAGUGACAGUAUCUCCAAAUCUUAGAAGCACGAUGUCUAUAACUAUAACAAGAGCUCUUCCGUUAGGGAAUAAAUUCUCAACAACCACAAUAACUGUCUCACCCAAGACAAGUUGUAUAAAUUUCACGUUUGUCCAAUCCAAAUUUAGUCCCGUAGAGAAGGAGAAAAAAGGGAAGAAGGAAGCGGGAAAGAAAGAGCAUCACUUGUGGAAAAGAAGAGAUUCGGCUCAGUCUGGCCAAAAGGCACUCACUCUUGUCAGAACUGUGUCUGAACUCCCUAAUGAGAAAGAGGCUGUUUAUGGGGCAUUAGACAAAUGGACAGCUUGGGAAACAGAGUUCCCAUUGAUUGCAGCGGUUAAGGCUUUAAAAAUCUUAAGGAAGAGGGGUCAGUGGACUCGUGUAAUUCAAGUAGCAAAAUGGAUGUUAAGCAAAGGUCAAGGAGCAACAAUGGGAACAUACGACACCCUUCUUCUGGCAUUUGAUAUGGAGCAGAGGGUAGAUGAGGCAGAAUCAUUGUGGAAUAUGAUUAUACAUGCCCACAUGCGCUCUGUCUCGAAGAGAUUGUUUUCUAGGAUGAUUGCAUUGUAUGAUCAUCAUACUAUGCCAGAUAAGAUUAUAGAGAUAUUUGCAGACAUGGAGGAGUUGCGGAUAAAACCUGAUGAAGAUACAGUCAGGAGAGUGGCUAGUGCCUUUAGAGAACUAGGCCAAGAAGAGAAGCGAAAAUUGGUUAUAAAACGACAUGGGUUUAAAUGGAAGUACAUUCACUUUAAUGGUGAACGGGUGAGAGUUAGAACCGAAGCAUGGGAAGUAGAUGAUGAAUCAACCAAGUGAAAUGGGUACAUGUCAAUGAGGACAAAUUAGAUUAUAAUAUCUGGGAUAUGCUGUUCUGAAGCAACUAUCUGGUUGCUUUCUACAGUUGCUGCGUCAGAGGCUCACCAAUCUGAUUCAUUGUCAUGUAUAUAGGUCCAACUUAGCAACUGACCGAUCAGGAUUUGAACUACAUUGAGGGAUGGGGGCGCCGCAGCCAAAUCUGAAAAAUGACAAUGUUGUAUGUAUAGAUAUAUUAGGUAUCUAAUACAUAAGAUAUAUAUGAUGCCUACAACCGAUACUAAUUUUCUUUUUUCGGUCCGUACUAAUGAUUCGUUGGUAAAUGUUCUUAUAAGAUAAUAAGAUACAGUGAUUGCCAGCAGUAGAUCGUUGCGUUGAUGUGAUACUAUUCAUUCGUCCUUCUAGCCAAGUA